AUGGCUUUCAUUCUCGCGCGCCCUCCCUCGCCUGGUACACGAGAAAUAGAUCCUGAAGAGUGGGCCCUUUCUUCAGCCUUUCAUGCUGUCCCAUUCCAUUCAUCAUCUACCUCCGCCGCUUCCACCUCUCAACUAAGUCAACAUUUGCAAGACCCCCUCCCUCAGACUCCACACGAAUCUCAUACCUCCAACAAUAUGACAAAGGAGAAGGAACGUCAAAGAGUUGACAUUAUCCUCGACAGUGACUGUCUCUAUCUCAAAGGCACCGGCGUCGACGUCGAACCAGCCCUACUAUCUGGACAUGUCAUUCUCUACCUCGUAGAGUCUACGCCCAUUAAAGAGAUCACUCUACAGUUUAGGGGAAAGGCUCGUCUCCCAGUGCCCCCAGGCGAAUCCAUCUCCUUGAACAACUCACCCCACAACUACAUCCUUUGUAACCAUGAGUGGUCCUUCCUUGAGGGCGAGAAGAAGCACAGUCAUCGUCUGAAAGCUGGCCGUCACGUAUUCCCCUUCCAGCUUCAGAUCGGCGGUUCCCUGCCCUCCAGUAUCAGCACCAACGCCGGCGGUGGUGCGAAUAUCGUGUACAAACUUCGCGCACACGUCGUCCGCCCAGGUUUUACAUUUAGCCACAACCUGCAAACCGUUGUACCGGUUUCUGUCAUCCGGGCAUUCACAGCAGAAGCACUCGAGUACCAGCAGACUCUGGAAAUCGAAAACACGUGGCCAGAGAAACUCAUGUACUCAAUUAUGCUCCCUCACAAGGCGUGGGCAGCCGGUGACCGCAUUGCAGCUGUCGUCAAGUUCUCCCCCUUAGCAAAAGGGGUAAGGAUCCUCAGCAUCACAAGCACGAUCCACGAGACCACGAAGUUAUACGGGCGCUCCGGCCACCAGGAGACGAUACACCCGGUAUGCAGCAUCAUACACGAGAUGGUUGGCGGCGUUGCCGUAGAGGUUACGAGAGAGCAGAUGAGGCGAAGGUCCAGGUCCAGCACGAGUCCAGGUGCAUCAUCUCCGUUUUACCCAUCUACACCUUCGUCCAGUGGAAUACGCACGCCUCCAACACGCGACCAGCAAGUAGCGUCAUCCGCAAACUCCUUCAGUAUGACGCCCAUAUCAUCUCGCGACGGUCUCGCUAUGUCGGUCCAUUCUUCCGGUCAACCCUCAUCGUCCUCAUCCUCAACUCGUUCAUCUCCGCACGCGUCAACCUCCUCUACCCUGCCUGGGGACACUGCAUCUACGUUUCAAUAUGAUUCCGAAGAGAACAAUACAAUGCAGGAGAUCACCACCGUCCUCUACAUUCCUAUUUCCGCUAGCACAGUUACCCCUACCCACCCCCUUGACCCUAUCAUCGUCUCCCAUCGCCUACGAUGGUCUAUUCUCAUCCACAAUCUCGACGGGCACACAUCAGAACUGCGAUGUUCUUUACCAAUUCACGUUCUCGAUCCUCGGCUGCUUGCCGAGGCGAGACAAAAUACUGCGGCCACACGGAGACUGCUUCUUGGCCACAAUAGCGCAUUUGGUUCCGAUCCAGACGGCGUAGAUCCUGCGAUGAUGCUGGAAAACGAGGAAGACACUGAACUCCCCAGCUACUAUUCGCAUGUUCGCGAUCGCGUCGCAAAUAUGUUCCUACCCGAAACAGCGACUAUGCGGGUUACCAAUCCUUGGGUCCUACAUGGCGUCAGUCCUGUUGUGUCAGGGGCACCACACACCAAUGGGACAUACACUGCGACGAUACUCUCUGGCACGGAGUCGCCACUCGAUGCCCCUCAUCACACGGUUUCCGCACUCUCGCAACUUCCACCAGCGCCAGUCGUAGGUGAAUCCACGCCACUCGAUUGGGUCAACUCCGAGCUCCUUCUAUCACUUUCGGGGGUUGCACCACAAGGAGCCAGCACCACUCCACCGAAUGUCAACCCCUCUAAUAAUAGUGAACCUAACAUCACGCGAAACGGGUAUCCUUUUCCUGAUACUCGAACGCGGGGAGGCGCAGUGGUUGAUGGAAGCAUCCCCACAAGUCGGAUAUCGACACGUCCAAAUACACGCCCAUCUACGCGGCCGCCAAGCCCGGAACGACAAUUGAAUGGGCAUGGGAACCACCCUCUGCCUGCUCCUGCGAACGAGACGUACGUUCAUGCUGGCGCAGCCAGCAGGCAGUUGAACACUCUCACGAGCAUCUCGAUGAAGCCUCUAACUUCAUUAACCCACCAUAGCUGGCUACCCUCGAGAUCAUCUUCGCACACGAACUUGGCGUCUCUCACACCCCUUACCGAAGUCAGCACUCACUCUUACCUUCCUUUCCGACAACAAACUUCUUCGCAUUCAUCCUUGCCCUCUAUGGGCUCUCCGAACAACGCGCCAGGCCACACGCACAGCCCUGUAACAUCUAUUCCCCUGCCUGAUGCGGAGAUUGGGUCAGCACUGUUGCAUCGAGCGUUUACUGAAGUUCCGGAUUAUUCGGUCGCUUCGAGGGGCUUCCUUGGUGGCGUGCCUCCUCUAAGCAGUAUGCAGGGGCUGCCAUCAUACGAAGAAGCCUCCCACCGGAGUAGCCCAACCAUGGGUACGCAGCGGGACCUCGUGGGUACUGCUACAUGA